AAUCCGCCUCUUUCUUUCUACGUCACUCUACCCAAGAUUCCAGAACCAGUAUCUAGUAUCAUUCUUUUACUGCCAUUCAUAUUCCAUGAGCAUCAAUGCAAGCAACCCAACUAACCAAAACCCCAGGCACCUUCAUGCUCCUCGAAAAAACACCCACAGGCUACAAAAACAUGGCCGUAGCAUCCUACCCCCAAAUGACGCAAUUCCUCCAAGAAAUCUCCCCGUCACCACCUUCAGCAACCUCCAAUGCCCACAGCAACAGCAGCACCGACUCCACCCUCACAAUCCACUACCUAGCCCACGGCGCCACCCCCAACCAAUCCAGCCUCACCAUCCCCCUCAACCCCCCAACCACCUUGCUCCAAACCCUCGAAAUCUCCCUCCACGGUAGUCCCGCAACCGCCUACCGCAUGCCCGACCCUUACAACACGUGGUUCACAUCCUGCUUCGGGUUCCCCGUCGAACUCGUCUAUCUCGGCUCGAGCCGGCGCUCCCCACGCUUCAGCAACCUCACUUCUUCUUCUUCUUCCCCUACCACCUCUUCUUCUUCUGCAUCGGCCCCGCAAAUCGCCCAAUCCCUCACUUUUACAGACUGCGCCCCUUACCUCAUCACAUCGUCCGCUUCCCUCUCCUCCGUCUCCUCACGCAUCGCUUCGGAAAUGGAUAUCACAAAAUUCCGUCCGAAUAUCCUUCUUUCCGGAGCCAAGGAGGCGUGGGAUGAGGAUUAUUGGUCGCGCAUCCAGAUCGAGAGUGAGAAGGCGCAGACAGAAGUGGCGCUGUUGCAUAAUUGUGUGAGGUGCAAGAGUAUCAAUAUUGAUUAUGCGACGGGGAAACCGGGGACGGGCGUCAAGGGCGAGGUGUUGAAGCGGUUACAGGGGGAUCGGAGGGUGGACCAGGGCGCGAGGUGGAGUCCGGUGUUUGGAAGGUAUGGGUUUUGGGUUGGUGGUGGAAAGGGGAGGGAAGAGAAGGAAGAGGUGGUAUGGAGGGUUGGGGAUAAGGUUAGGGUUACAGGGGUGAAUAGGGAGAGGACUGUUUGGAGCUGGCCGAAUCUUGGAUAGUGAGUGCAAGUAGGGCGACGAUAGAACUGGGUAUCCUCACGAUUUGGAGUAGACUGACAACUCAGAUCAAAG